CUUGUUCCAUCCACAAUGCGACCUCGACAAUCGCGUCGCAUACCAUGAAUUGCAUCCGAUGCUGAAGGCCAUGCCGGGAUAUACGGUUACGCCUGGAAGCAAGCUUAUCUAUCUGAUUGCGCCUACCCGUGUAGCUGUGUCAGGUUGAGACGACCUCCUGAAAGCAUGAGCUCCCUCUCUCACAUAUUGGCCUCUGAGCCAUCACCGCCCACCCCGCCCGCGCAACCACAACCACCUCCGCCCGCCGACGACGCUGGCCACAGUCCAAUGCCUCCAAAGCGGAAAGCCGACGUGCUUGACGACGAGUCUGUCGCAACGCCCAAGCCAGACCACGGCGAAAAAAACGAUGCCGACGAACUCUUGUACACAGCGACAACCACCUCGACCAGGACGAACAAGAACGGCGCAACGUCUUCCGUCUACUCGGGCAAUAAGAUCAAACACUUGAAGAAGGAAGAUGGCAUCCCGUUGUGGCGCAAGGAUAUCCAGUAUGAUUUUCUCAAGCUGGUGUUCUACGACCAGACGAAAUGCUUCACCAAGUACAGCGACAAGACCAAGGGCCAUACAUUUGCCGACGUGUACAUCGACGCCAUGGCCAAGAGCAGCAAGUGUAGCAAGAUUCUGAAGGAGAAGCUGCUGCAAGACCAGGAAGGCGCCAUCACCAUGGCCAUGGUGUGCCUCCUGGUCAAUGUUGGUAGAAUGAACACGACACUGAAUUUCUUUCCAGAAAUGCGCGCACAGCUUCGAACAUACCAUUCCAUACCUGCGCUCCAAGCCCACCAAGACCCAAACGCAUACAAGCAGCUUCAAGAUGCUCCCCGCCUCAAGUCAAUCCUCAAAGGCGCGACCGAAGAUGAACCACAGCCAAGCACCAUGGAAGACAUCAAAGCAGCUUCGAUCCCGCGCACGAAUCCCGUCAACCUCAUUUUCGUCAUGAGCCAAUAUGCACCCAAGAUCAGCGAAGUGCACUUUCCUCCGCCACGAGAUUUCUUCGACCUCGUCAUGAGAUCGAGCUUGAGCAGUGAGAGCAGAGCCAGGGCAUUCUUGUGGCUGAUUUGGUGGUAUCUGGAGAGCGACUUCAGCGUUGAAGAUGCCAAGCGAAAUCCGUUCGGUGCAGGACAAUAUGGCGAGGGCGAGGGCGAGGGCGAGGCAGGCACCGAUGCCGUGCCGAUGCAGGUGCCCACAUUGGAGAGCUUGACGGACGACCAGGCUGCGGAAGAGAAUGUGGACACAGAGGCAGAACAGCUCUUUGGCGAGCAGAAGAGGAAGGAGCGAAUUGCGAUCUUGGCAAGCGAACCGAGUCCCGCGAUGACGGCACUCAAGCGCGCACGGAAGGAGAAGGGCUUGACGACAGGACACAAUCCCGUGCCCAGCGACGAUGAAGGCAGUGAGGCCGGCCACUACAGGUCCCUCCCAACAUCCGUCGGGAAGUCCGCUCUGCAUCACGAGACCGGCAGCGAGUACACGCGCUCGCCCUCUCCUGCUGCUUCCCGUGGCUUCCAAGCCAAGCGCCAUCGCGGUGUCACUCAGCAUCAAUCGGCUGUUAUCAACCACCGUAAGAUGCAGAUUGACUACAAUCUGGAUCGCCGGCUUCGCCACGCACACAACCAAGCACGCGACUUCCGAGAAUCACAAAGCACCCUUCUCCGCUCCUGGAAGAGGAUCCGAGAACUGCCAUCAGGGUAUGAUUCCGAAGAGGAAUCGAUUCGAAUCAAGAAAGCAAAGGACAGGGCGGAGAAGAAUGAUGAUGAUUGGCGAAGCAUACAUCUGCUGUAUGCGGGUUUUGCCAGGAGACCGAACGAGCCUAGUGAUGUUGGAGAAGAAGCGAAGUCGCUCGCUCAGUCGUUCAGGCGGGCCAGCAGGCGCUUGGAAAGAUGGCAAGAAGUGGCUCUGCCAGGACAAGCCAUCAUCAAUCGGAGGCGGAUGGAAGAACGAGGCAUGCUUCGCCGCCCUGGUCGGGAGAGCCGCAAGCAUAGCCUGGCCCACGAUGGGGUAGAGAUUUUGGAUGACGGGCCUUCCGCACUGGCUGCUGUACAGAAGAAACGUGGCAGCGCUGGCAGACCAAGUGCGCGUAGGGAGCAGACAGAGCCUGAGGAUAGCAAGAUGGAUGUCGAUCCAGAGCCUGAUGAUGACGACGGCGGCGCGGAACUCGAUGAGGAGGAUAGAGAGCUGCUCGGUGAAGUUGAUGCAGAUGAGGAUGAAGAUGAGGAUGAGGACGAGGAGAUGGAGGACUGAGCUCCGACGAUGGCGUAAUGCCGCACUCGAGCCCGAACGAAGUCUCCGACACGACGCUGCCAACACAGAAGCGCCACUUGCUGCAAUGUGGGCCGUCGAUGCUGCUGCCAUCCGCGAGAAUGCUCUCACGCCAGAUGCUUUCGCUGGACCGGGUCGCCCAGACUGCGUUCCGGCAUGAUCUCGACCAGUACAUUAUUUGGAGGAUUGAGCUUCGACAGCGACGCUACCGACACAGAAGCUCCACUUGCUGCUGUAUAGGCCGUCGAUGCUACCACCAUCCGCGAGAGUGCUCUCACGCCGGGUGCUUUCGCUGAGCAGGUCAAUUAGAUGCGUUUCGGCAUGAUGUUGCUGAGCAGUUGUAAAUUAUCACUUCAUUGACAUGAAUAGAACGCGACUUCCACUUCC